CAUUUCUUCACACUCAACUCAAACUACGAUGAAGUGGCAGUAGAAUCCUAUGAUGCCCUCAUAAUACCUGGAGGCAGGUUCACUGAGCUCCUCUGCACCGAUGACAAGCUGGUCAGUACGGUAAAAAGAUUUGCAGAAACAGGGAAGCCUCUUUAAUCACUAGCUGCCACAGUCAACUCAUGUUGGUGGCAGCGGACCACUCCGAGGCAAGCAAUGCACUGCCUUUACCAGGUUCAAACCCAUCGUUGAGCUUGCAGGAGGCAUCUGGUGGGAGCAGCCUGGUGCAGAGUCGGCUCUUGACAUUACUGCUUGUCUUAUGGACGGCAAUCUUGUUGGCUCAAUUGGGUGGCCAGGACACGGUGAAUAUACGAGAGUUCUACUCGAGUCCAUAGGAGCCAAAAUUUCAAGAUCCCACAGAAAUUCAGUACUGGUUGUGUUAGCGGAUUAUGCAGAAGAUUACGAGGUAAAUGUGCCAUUCAGGGCUCUACAAGGUUUGGGCUGCAGGGUGGAUGCAGUUUGCCCAAGCAAGAAGAAAGGGGAGAGCUCUCUUACUGCCAUCCUCGAUGACGAGGGAGCCCAAAUAUGCACCGAAAAGCGUGGCCAUAACUUCGUCGUUAAUGCCAAUUGGAGUGACAUUUCUGCUGAUGACUACGACUUCUUGGUGCUGCCAGGAGGCAGGUCCCCAGAGUUGCUGGUCAUAAACGAGAAAGUGGUUUCUCUUAUCAAGGAAUUCGCUGACAAGGGCAAGAUCAUUGCAGCAAUUGGACAAGGGAAGUGGGUUGUGGCUGCUGCUGGUGCUUUAAAGGGGAAGAGAAGCGCGAGCAGCCAUGGAAUGAAGGCAAUUGUGAAGUGGCUGGUGGGAAAGUAGUGGAGUCUGGAGGGUGCGUGCCUCACGGUAAGCUAGUGACUGCAAGUGGAUGGCCCUGCUCUUCCAGCUUUCUUAACAGAGAUAACAAGAGGCCUUGGUUUAUCUGUGGUGUUUUGAAAUGGGGAAGGCUAGCUUCG